AUGGCUAUGGAGCCGUUAACGUCUGUCCCAGUGGAUGAACUUGAAUCCUGGGUGGAACUCAACAACGGCGGUGGCCUGGCCGCCGUGGAGAACGAGUACAUCAGACUGCUGCGAGAGGCGCAGAGAGAGAGCCGGGACUCCUCCGUGAGGCACUCCCGAGCCUCCAGUGUUAAAGGCAGUCCCAAAUCACCGCCCAAUAGUCCGAACCUGGAGCCGUCUACUGAAGAUGAAAUGAAAGGAGUCUACAUAAACCACUGGAGAGAAGACUCCAACGACUGGGUUUGGGAGUGGAGCAGUAGACCAGACCAGCUUCCACCCAAGGACUGGCGGUUUAAGCACCCGACGACCAGUGCACGCGGUCCACCUUCAGCCACCUCCUCCAUCGAGGUGCUGGACCAACAGCCCUCGCAACAGGGCCACUGCCUGUCCGUCCGUCGUUCCUGCCUGUUCAGUCGGGGCGCCAUCGCCGCGGUGCUCCUCACCAACGUCGUCUCAUUACUGCUCGGCGCUGGAAUUGGUAUGUGGCUGAGCAAACGUGGCAUCCUUCCACCCAGACUGAUUGUUAUCAACUGA